UUGGGCGUUUCCGCUCAAUAGCGUUUGGUUGCGCGAGGCUCGUAUCGAGCUCCGCUGGCCAAUUGCUGUCUUCAUUCAGUCAGCUGUUCCAUACAGCCGUGUGUAUGCAGCUGUAAUUAUGGCUGUAGCUUCAACACUUUUGCUGUGUCUGAUCCAAGUGCCAGUCAGCUGUAGCAUGCUCGAAAAAUGAAGCAGCCCAUAAGUAGAAGAGAUGCCGGAGUCUGGCAUCAGACGAAGAGCCUGCUCUACAAAAACCUGCUUAUCAAAUGGAGGACCAAACAACAGAGUCUCCAGGAGCUGAUCUUACCAUUGCUCCUCUUGAGUCUCCUCAUCCUCAUCAGCACCCUUAACCCUCACGUCUCUUAUGGCAGUAUGAGCACUAAGGAGCUGCAGAAUGAAGGGGAACUGACACUCAAAGCUCUCGGUUACACCCCUAUCAGCAAUGUUACCAAUCACAUCAUGGAAGAGGUGGCACGAGAACUGCCUGUGAAUGAGGUUCGAUUGGAGAUGUUCUCCACUGAAGAAGACCUGGAGAAUGCCAGUCUCUAUGAACCUGAUGGCUAUGUGGGAGUGGUCUUCCUGGAUCACAUGUCAUACCGUUUGCGAUUCCCACACAAUAAGCUCCCUCUGCCCAGUGACUUCACUGAAUCUAUAACAAGCUGUGAAACAAACUAUGUAAAUUGCCGUGCUGCCAACUACUGGUAUUCUGGAUUCAUACGGCUGCAGUCCCUCAUUGAUGCUGCCAUAAUACAGAUGCAGACAAAGCGUCCAAUGUGGAACACAUUAAAAGUGCGUGCAUUGAUGAUGGGUCAUCCAGGGUCUGUUGAGGUCCAGAAGUUCCCUCAUGCCCUGAUCUCCAUUUACCUGGUGUUAGCAUUCACACCCUUCGUCUCCUUUCUCAUAGUCAAUGUGGCAGCUGAAAAAGAGCAGCGACUCAAAGACACCAUGAGCAUGAUGGGAUUGUAUGACUCUGCAUUCUGGCUUUCAUGGGGUCUCCUCUAUGCCGCACUCGUUACGACCAUGUCCAUUCUCAUGGCUGUUAUAGCCACCUGCACCCCCCUGUUCUCCAACAGCAACUUCUUUGUUAUCUUCCUCCUCAUCUUCCUCUAUGGAAUAUCUUCUAUCUUCUUCUCCUUCAUGUUGACCCCUCUGUUUAAGAAGCCCAAGUUUGCAAGUACAGUGGGCUCCAUGCUGACGGUGGUCUUUGGAUGUCUGUCUCUCUUCACUGUACUAAUGAAAGAUUUUCCCCAGUCUGGUGUCUGGCUCCUCUGUCUUUUAUCUCCCAGCGCUUUCUCUAUCGGGAUUGCCCAGGUGGUGUAUCUGGAAGCUCAAGGAGAUGGUGCAGUACUCUCCUCUCUUGGCAGUGGUCCUCACGCCCUCUAUGUUCCUAUGGUCAUGCUGUUCCUGGACUGCAUUCUCUAUUUGCUUUUAGCAAUUUACCUAGAUCAGGUUCUCCCAGGUGAGUUUGGAACGAGGCGCUCUGUGCUGUACUUCCUGCAACCAUCCUAUUGGUCAAAGCGGAGGAAGCGCUACGUAGAGGUGAGCUCCGUUUACGAGGGGGAGGUGAAUGGAACUCCUGUGUCUGAUGAAUCAGUGGAGUCAGUUUCUCCUGAGUUCAGAGGCAAAGAGGUCAUCAGGAUCUGCAAUAUCCGUAAAAUCUACAAAGAUAAAGACAGCACAGUGGAGGCUUUGAGGGGUUUGACCUUUGACAUCUAUGAGGGUCAGAUCACAGCCCUCCUGGGUCACAGUGGAGCUGGAAAAUCCACCCUCAUGAACAUCCUGUGUGGCAUCUGCCCUCCAACAGAAGGAACAGCCACCAUUUAUGGCUCCGCUGUGACAGAGAUGGCUGAGGGGGAAGAGAUGAAACAGCUGGUUGGUAUAUGCCCACAGUUCAACAUCGUCUUUGAUGUGCUCACUGUAGAGGAACACCUGAGGAUAUUUGCUGCAAUCAAAGGGAUCCUGCCUUCUGAUAUUGAUAGUGAGGUUAAGAAAGUUCUGAAGGAUCUGGAUUUGGAAAAGAUUAUGGAUGCCCAGGCAAAAAACCUGAGUGGAGGCCAAAAGAGGAAGCUCUCGGUGGCCAUAGCAAUUCUAGGAGAUCCAAAGAUACUACUUCUGGACGAGCCUACUGCUGGUAUGGACCCAGUGUCACGCCACCAAGUUUGGUCUUUAUUGAAGAGCCGUAGAGCAGGCAGAGUUACUGUGCUCAGUACGCAUUACAUGGACGAAGCAGAUAUACUUGCAGACCGUAAAGCCAUCAUCUCUCGAGGACAGCUGAAAUGUGUUGGCUCCUCUUUGUACCUGAAGACCAAGUGUGGGGUUGGCUACCAUCUUAGGAUGUCAGUGGCUGAAUGCUGUGAGGUGGAGCACAUCACAUCGCUGGUCAAGCAGCAUGUUCCUAAGGCACAGUUGUCAAGGCAGCAAGAGGCUGUGCUCACAUUCACGUUGCCUUUCGAGAGCAUGGACACUUUCCCAGGGCUUUUUGCGGAGCUGGACUGUCGGCCUGACCUGGGUAUAAUUAAUUAUGGGGUCUCCAUGACAACAUUAGAGGAUGUAUUCUUACGUCUGGAGGCAGAAGCAGAGGUGGAUCAGGCUGACUACAGUGUGUUUAACCAGGAGAAGGUUGAAGAAGGUGGCGAUGCUUCCUCUCUGGAUGAUACAGAUCAGAGGCUGUUGAUGUUCUCAGACAACAGGCAGGAUGCAGUAACUGGACGUGCCCUCUGGUGGCAGCAGUUCAGAACGGUGGCCUGGGUGCACAUACUCAACCUGCAGAGAGAAAGGAAACCCAUCAUAUACAAUUUGAUGCUGUUCCUGAUUUUUUUGUCUUCAAUGCUGAUUUUGUCUGUGGCAACCGGAAACAUUCAGAUUCACUCUGCUGAAAGACUAUUUUCACCCAUAUACCUGCUGCACCGCAAUGAAGCUCCACGCAAAUACGCCACAAGCCUGCUUGUGCAAAAUUCCACUGAUUCUGAUCUGUCAGGGUUCAUCCAGAAUCUGGAGUCUCAGGACAUUAAAGUGGAAAUGAUGAAGAAUCCAGACUACAUGUCUGCAGCACCUGUGAGCGCUGCCAUCAAAGUAAUAGGAUCCAGUAAGGAUUUGUCCUACAUCUUAGCAUUUAACAGUACCACUGUGCACUCCCUACCCAUGGUUGUCAAUGUGCUCAGUAAUGCCCUCUUGAAGGGUUUGAACGGCACAGGACACAUUAGAACAUGGACCAAACCUUUUGACUAUCAAAUCCCAGAUAAGACAUCCUACGCUAUGGUUUACAUUGAGGCAGUAAUUCUGGGGAUGCUGGCUGCUGGGAUGCCAGCAUACUUUGCCAUGGACCACACAAGAGACCGAGAACUGAAGUGUCGCUCGACUCUAAGGAUCUCUGGUCUGAUUCCAUCUGCAUACUGGUGUGGUCAGGCAGCCAUUGAUGUCCCUUUCUAUUAUCUUAUCUUAACCUGUAUGACCAGCACCCUUUUUGCUUUCCAUUCUACAAACCUGUUGACCUCGCAUAACAUCAUGUCUGUAGCUCUGUGUUUGAUUGGCUUCUCUCCAGCCAUGGUCCUCUAUACCUACUGUGUGUCCUUCAUGUUUGUCAGAGUCCAGAGUAACAGAGACUUCUUCUCAGUGGUAUCCAUGAUGUUGUGUGUGGUUUCUGCAUCUUUAGUCCAGUUAUCCCUUGUGAAUGAAAGUGCUGGGCUAUAUCGUAUCCUACACAAUGUACUGUGUUUCUUCAGUCCUCUCUAUCCUCUUAUGGGUUGCCUUAAUUGCAUUACCACGUCCACCUUCCUUCAGUCCAGUCAUGAGGAGGAGUUCCUGUGGAAGAAUCUCUUAAUCUCUGUUGUGGCUCCGUAUAUCCAGUGUAUUCUGCUGCUCUUCAUUCUGAGAUGGUCGGAGAAGAGAUAUGGAGGGCAGACAAUGAAAAAUGACCAGCUCUGCAGGAUUUCCUCCAAUGCAAAGAGCAAAGUUCAGCGGAACCCAGAUGAGAAUAUUAGCGAGGAUGAGGAUGUUCAGGUGGAGAAAGCUCGAGUGAAGGAGGCGUUGACCUGUCAGUCCAGUGAGGAAAAACCAGUGGUGGUGGUGAGUGAACUGAGGAAAGAAUACAAAGGCAAGAGAGAAGGAUUCUCACUUGGCAAGAAAAGGAAAGUGGCCACUAAGAACAUCUCCUUCUGUGUUCGCAAAGGUGAGGUUUUGGGUCUGCUGGGACCAAAUGGAGCUGGAAAGAGCACCAUCAUGCACAUGCUAUCAGGGGACACGGAGCCCACUGCUGGAAAGAUCCUGAUGGGGGAUUACUUCCAGCCAAUGGAAAACCCCUUGGAGCAUGUGGGGUACUGUCCUCAAGUGAACCCUCUUUGGCCUAGAAUCACGUUACAGGAGCACCUGGAGAUCUAUGCUGCCAUAAAGGGGUUACAUCAAUGUGAUAUCCCAAAUAUCAUUAAGCGUGUUGUAAAAGCUCUGGAACUGAAGGAUCAUCUUUAUAAACAGGCAAAACACCUCUCUGCAGGGCUAAAGAGGAAGUUGUGCUUUGCACUAAGCAUGCUGGGAAAUCCACAGAUAGUAUUGUUAGAUGAGCCGUCUGCAGGGAUGGAUCCCAAAUCAAAGCAGCGCAUGUGGAGGGCAAUCCGUGCUGCAUUUAAGGACAAAGAGCGAGGGGCCCUUUUAACCACCCACUACAUGGAGGAGGCUGAGGCUGUGUGCGACCGUGUGGCCAUCGUGGUCUCUGGUCAGCUACGGUGUAUUGGUUCAAUUCAGCACCUGAAGGGGAAGUUCGGGAGAGGCUACAGCCUAGAGAUUAAUCUCAGGGAGGAGCUCACGGGUCUUCAGCAGGUGGUGCUGUUGCACAAAGAAAUACUAAAAAUAUUUCCCCAUGCUGCUCGUCAGGACAGUUUUGCCACCCUGAUGGUGUAUAAAAUCCCAAUGGAGGAUGUGACGUCACUAGCCAUGUCCUUUGCCCAGUUAGAGAGUGCUAAAAAAACUUUAACUUUGAAGAGUACAACUUCUCCCAGUCAACUCUUGAACAGGUUUUCAUGGAGUUCGCUAAAGAGCAGGAAGAGGAAGAGGUGGGAUCUCUCAGCACUACUUUCCAAUGGCAGAGACUGAGACAGGACGGUUCUGUAUCCGUCAAUCACGCUGAUAGCAUAGUUCACCAGCUAUGAUCCAAUCCUGCCAGCCUUUACUGAAACGCCCUCUUGUCUCUCGAUCUCACUGCAUGUGCCGUCCUUUGCCUUAAGAGCCUUAAACUAAUGGGACUCACAGGAGACUUGACUGUGGAGUCUCUGGUGGCCAAAUGAACACAUGCAGAAGAUGUGUGGACCAUGAGACCUGAAUAGGCUCUGGUACUGGCUAAUGCUGUUGUAAGAUGGGAUCUGCCACAAUUUGUGUGUCAGCUGUAACACCUAAGCUAGACUUGACCUUUUUUAUUAUGAAGAGAUUUUAUUUUUUAAUUCCCACUCCCUGCCAGUAAGAAAACACAUUUUAUCUGAUAACUUCCAUUCACAAGCCUCCUUUAAGGGGUUUAUCUUAUAUUAUGUAUGAAGCUCACUGUCCUGUUGAUUCGUAACACCAUAUACACACAUGUAAAUCACUGGGAAAUUAAUCGCAUGGAGCAGGUUCCACAUUAUCAGAAUGGUACCAAAGUCUCACUCACGUUGAUGCCAAAACAUUGCUUUUGGUGUCUGUUGCAUGGGAAUUAAACUUGCAUCUAUGUCUGUUCGGCUAAAGCGUUCUAUAUACAUACUGAUAUUUGUAUUAUCUACGUAUUCAGACAGGAUAAUCUCAUUACAACUGUCUACCACAGCAUUAUCGCCGAGAUUUACUAGCAUGUAUGGGGGGACACUUGUUUCUUAUAACUUUUUUUUGGGCAGAGUGUGCCCUGCAGGUGCAUGAAGCCUACUCUAUCUCUGCUGCACCCAGGAGAUCUGCAAGAUGACUAUCUUAAACACCAGCAUAUGUUUCAGGCUUGCAAAGAGCUCUCCAAAGAAAAAAGGUUUACGUGCUCACUGUAAGCAAGCAAUUGGGUUUCAAAUCAAGAUGGUAGGAGGACAUCGGGCUGGUUGGUAUUUGUGUCGCCUUGUCAUCCUAUUUUUCUUUUCGUCCUGUCAUCAGGUGGCAUUUAUUUAGGAUUAUAUAAAAAAAAAAAAAUUAUCAGUAGCUUAGAAUGUAGCUCCCACAAUCUGUACCAAAACAUGUAGCACUCCAACUUAAUCACAUACUGCUGAGCAAGGUUGUUUUAUUUAUUUGGUUUUAAACGAGAGUAAUAAGUGAGCAGACACUAUUGAGCUUUUGGAACCCUGAGCCUUGAAUGUACAGUGGUAUUGUUUUGGUGAAGUUUUACAGUGAAGCAAUAGAUUGUGUUCAAUAUGGUUUUUAUAGUAUCAAGUUGAGCACAAUGUAAGGGGUUGUUAAUACCAACCAAACGCAAGUUUUUUUUGCAUUGCUUACAUCUUUGAGCAUUGCAGAAAUUUUGCGCAUGAACGCCACAUUUUUAAGAUGCAGUGUCAAUUUAAAGUUCUUCAACUUUUAAAAAUGCUUCUUGAGACACCUGCAGUCUUGCUGUUUAUAAUGCAAGAAUGUGUUUGGUUGGAACAGUCUUCAAAUCUUUUGAGAACUUUGCUUUUAGGAGAUUUUGUACACCAGAGAUUAAACAUUGGUUUUAGCUAAAUGUGGUGCUUUGAGCAUAACAGCAAAAACUUCCAACAUUUUUAUAUAUGCAUCUUAUAUGUAUCGAAAUAUUUUGUUAAAUGUCAAAUGAUAAAGGAUCUCUUUUUGUUGGCCAGUAAAAUGAGAGGAAUUUAAAAAAAAAGGUUCAAUCUAAUACUUAAUAUCUUUGCACUCCGAGUGACUGUGGUAUCUUUUUUUAUACACUCACUGAGAACUGUAUUAGGUACAUUAUGGUCUUAAUAAAGUCCCUGACAUGGUCUUCUGCUGUUGUAGCCCAUCUGCCUUCGAUGUGUUGUGCAUUCUGAGAUGCUAUUCUGCUCACUACAAUUGUACAUAGUGUUUAUCUGAGUUACUGUAGCCUUUCGGUCUUCUCGAACCAGUCUUGCCAUUCUCUGUUGACCUGUCUCAUCAACAAGGCGUUUCCGUCCACAGAACUGCUGAUCACUGGAUGUUAUUUGUUUUUGGCACAAUUCUGAUUAAACUUGUUGAAAAUCCAAUGAGAUCAGCAGUUACCGUAAUACACAAACCAGCCCCAUGGUUAAAAUCAUUGAUAUCACAUUUUCCCCCAUUCUGAUGGUUGAUGUGAACAUUAACUGAAGCUCCUGACCCAUAUCUGCCUGAUAUUAUACAUUGCUCUGCUGUCACACGAUUGGCUGAUUAAAUAAUCGGUGUUCCUAAUAAAGCGCUCAGUGAGUGUAUUUCCAUAAUGGCAUCUUUCAAAUAACAACUAAUAUACAUGCGCAGUAUUACAAUUUUCAAAGCAUUUUCAGUUAUUCUUUACUAGUGAGAGAGAAUUUCCUUUUUCAAUUCUCUGUUGUUUGGUUAAAGUAUUGCAGCAAAUACACAAAGUUUAUGUAUUCUGUUGAUGUCCAGCAUCUUCUCAACUUGAAGCGUUUGCACAGUAGGGGCGCCUUCUGACAUGUAAAAUUUUUUUCAGCCAGCUUUUGCAAUGAUUAUGCAGAACAAUACAACAAUACAUUGGUAUGAUGAAUUCUGUCCCAAUUCUGGUUUCCAUUGGUAGAACUUUCUAAAAGACAAGCUGGGUGUUUCAUGGUGAAACAGUGGGUUCCUUGUGGCGUUUUGGAUGGCCUUUUAGUUGGAGCUAAUCUUAGCUGAAUGUGAAUGGGGUUUAUAUAAUGACAUGUCUAAAUCAGUCCAGAAAAUUUUAAAUCUAUGCCAAGAUGGCACGUUGUGUGGAAUAUAUGUAUGGUUUUGUGACAGAUGUUACUAUUUUAACUAUCUCUUUUGGAAGGCUCCAUCCUCCAAACAAAAAUAGGUACUAAAUAAGUCAACCUCUUUUUCUGUAGCAUGAAAAGAAAUCUAAUGCAAACUUUUUAAAUCAACAAAAAUAUGUCCUUAUGAUUUUUGCAACUGGAUGCUGUUGAACAAUUAUAUCUGAUGUUCUGGGCAAACACAGGGAAGUAGUUAAUCUUUAAUGUUUUGUUGUGUAUUUCUUGUCAUUCUUUAACAUAUACCGUAUAGCCUGUUGUGUCAGUAAUGUACAACAAUUCUAUAACAUUUAACACUGAACAGUUUAGUCUUUGAGUUGGGAUCAGGUGGUUUUAUUGAACACUGUAUCUAUUUAACAAGACCUUUAUUUCCUGAAGUGCAAUAUAUGGAUACUUGUAUGUGUGAGUAAUUAAUGCAUUAUGUAAACGUUGUCAUUGCAAACUGCAAUAUCAAUGUUGUCUUUUUGUGAACUCGGACGUGUCUUGCAGUACAAUGUAGCCACAAAUAUUUAAUCUUUUAGAACGCUUUGCACUCUUCUCCCCUAGUGCCCAUGUCCUGCCCUAUGUAUGCAAAAAAUUGUUUGAAAAUAAAAUGUAUUCAGGAUGUUUACGUCUGGACCAGUGGAUGUGAAUG